CGGAAGCCAACGUCAAGACGCUCGCGUGCUUGGCCAACAUACAGGAUGUUCCUUUUGGUCAACACGUGUUUGGAUGCUUGAACCUCAUUGUUCUGACAGUCCUUCUCCGCCAAGUGUCUCCGAUGACAUUCGCGAAGCGUUGCAUUUUGAGGUAGGUGAUGCUUUUGGGGAGGGUUUGAAUUGAUUUUUGCAGUGGCAGUGUACGCGAGUGGGUGAGUCUUGGACUUUGUUCAUAAGCAGCAGGGGACGAGAGGUAUUUCAUUCUGUCUUUCGUCUCUUGGUUAUCGUGCAUCUUCCUUACCAAUAUCUUGAAUACCGCUUGGCAUUGGCUUCGCCUGCAGAAAUCCGUCAAGAUGGUUCUUCACGAAUAUACUUAUAUCUUUGCCAUUGGUACUUUCUUUGCUCUACUUGAGGCAUACAACAAUGGUGCCAACGAUGUCGCCAACGCAUGGGCUACCAGUGUCUCCUCACGCUCGGUGUCUUACCGCCAGGCUAUGGUGCUCUGUUUAAUUUUCGAGAUGACUGGUGCGCUCGCAGUCGGUGCCAGAACCGCUUCAACUAUCAAGAACGGCAUUAUCCCCAUUGCUGCUUUCCAGGGUAAUGCCCCUGUACAACUUCUCGCCUUCACUUGCGCAGCUGCUGGUGCCGCUAUCUGGGUCAUGUGGUGUACACGACACAAUGCUCACGUCUCAUCCACCUACUCCCUCGUUUCCUCGAUUGCUGGUGUCGGUGUCGCCACUGUCGGUGUCAAGGGCGUCCAGUGGGGCUGGAACGGUGGCUCCGGUCUUGGUGCUAUUUUCGCUGGUCUCGUCAUGGCUCCUUUCAUCUCUGCUGUUUUUGGUGCUACCAUCUUCAUGCUGGUCAAGACCACUGUCCACAUGAGAGUUAACCCCGUGCCUUGGGCUGUCUACACCUCUCCUUUCUUCUUCCUCAUCGCCGGUACUAUCUGCACAUUGUCGAUCGUCUACAAGGGUUCUCCUAAGCUCGGUCUGACCAAGAAGCCUGGAUACUGGAUUGCUGGUGUCACUGUUGGCUCUGGUGUUGCUCUUGCAGUCCUCGCCGCUCUGUUCUUCGUCCCCUACGUCAAUCAGCGUGUCAUCCGCAAGGACUACACCCUGAAGUGGUAUCACAUUUUCCUUGGUCCUCUCCUGUUCACCCGUAAGGCUCCCGCUGACGCCGAGUUCGCCAUGGUUCCCAACUACGCCGUCAUGGACCAUGACGACCACUCCGAUGUUAAGGCCAAGACCUCUGCACCUCCCAGCAUCGAGAUGACUGGCAAGGGCGGUGACUCUGAGAUCACCACUGGUGAGCUUCGCCGUAGAUCCAUCCACAUCUCUGAGGAGGGUGGAAGCAGUACCGCCUCUUCGCCCGAGAUCGCCCCUCAACGCAGAAACAGCCUCACCAAUGAGAACCCCAGAGAGGCUUACGCUCGUAUGCUCAAGGAAGCUCGCGAGCAGCACCACGCCGAUCUCCGUCAAGAGCGCGGACCCCUUGGUUGGGCUAUGCGUACCAUCCACGAGAACCAGCUCGGUGCCGGUUCAAUCUACGAACUCCAUAAUAUGAAGGCUGUUCUGAAGUGUAUUCCCGCUGGUGUCGUUGUCUGUCUGAUGUACGGUCUCUACUAUGAUAUCCACAAGGCUCAGGUCGGUAUCCUCGGUACACCUGAAGGAAGACGUAUGGCCCGUGUCUACGCUCACGCUCCCCGCUACGCCAACGAGGUUGAAUACUUGUAUUCCUUCGUCCAAGUUAUCACCGCCUGCACUGCUUCCUUUGCCCAUGGAGCCAACGAUGUUGGUAAUGCUGUCGGUGUUUGGGCCGCCAUGUACGCAGCCUGGUCGUCCGGUACUGCCGCUAAGGCCAAGGAGCCUGUCCCCACUUGGCAAAUCGCUGUCGUCGCUCUUACCAUCUGUAUCGGGUUCAUCACAUAUGGCUACAACAUCAUGAAGGUCAUGGGCAACAAGAUCACCUACCACUCUCCUUCUCGUGGUUCAUCCAUGGAAAUGGGUGCUGCCAUUACCAUCCUCAUCUUCUCUCAGUACAAGCUUCCCGUUUCGACCUCCAUGUGCAUCACUGGAGCCACUGUUGGUGUCGGUCUCUGCAACGGCUCGUUCAAGGCUGUCAACUGGCAGCGUGUCGGUCUUCUGUUCAUCAGUUGGCUCGCUACUAUCCCCAUUGCAGGCUUGAUUGGAGGAGGUAUUAUGGGUCUGACGCUCAACACACCCAGCUUCAACAACUAGACCUCCGAACAAAAGGCGGCAUAAUACGAGGUCUCACUCCUUUCUCACAUUAAUACAGACACUCUUUCUUGUUAUUUAUAUAUAGAUUGCUUCUGAUUAUAUCCUACUUGCUUAUGAACAAGAAAAAAGUUCCUCCUUG